AAUUGUCAUUAUUCAUUACUGUCAUUUGAUUUUCCAGUUUUUAUUUCUUCAUAUUUCGUCUUGGGACUGUGAGGUUUCACAAGAACAAGAUGGGUAGACGACCAGCCAGAUGUUAUCGUUAUUGCAAAAAUAAACCAUACCCCAAGUCUCGUUUCUGUCGUGGUGUACCAGAUUCUAAGAUUCGAAUUUUCGAUCUUGGUAAAAAGAAAGCUCCAGUUGAUGACUUUCCUCUUUGUGUACAUUUGGUUUCUGAUGAAUAUGAACAACUUAGUUCCGAAGCGCUGGAAGCUGGGCGUAUUUGCUGUAACAAAUACUUGGUCAAGAAUUGUGGAAAAGAUCAGUUUCAUAUACGUAUGAGACUUCAUCCAUUCCAUGUUAUCAGAAUAAAUAAAAUGUUGUCCUGUGCUGGAGCUGAUAGCUUCGGAAGUGGUCGUCAGAAGAUUUAUGUUUCCAAGAAAUGGGGAUUCACUAAAUAUGAACGAGAGCAAUAUGAAACUUUGAAAUCAGAAGGUCGAUUGGCUCCUGAUGGUUGCAAUGUCCAAUACAGACCAGAUCGUGGGCCACUAAGUGCUUGGAAGAAAGUACAGUCAGACCUUCAUUCAUAAAUUAUAAAUAUUCAAUUUAUAAUUAAAAUGACUUGAAACAAAAAAAAAUUAAUUCAGUGGUUUAUUGAAGAUCUUAAAUUAUUUGAUACUGAAUAAAUACAGUUAUUUAAAA